CCGCCUGUGAAUAUCAAUUAUCAAUUUAUAACUCAAUUAAGAAAUAUUUUAUGUACAAUUUUACAGUGAAAGUGAAUUCAAAAGUUUAAUUUCUAUGCGAUUAAUCUAUUUAAUCGCAAAAAUAUUUGCAAAUAGUUAGAAAAUGUGUAAUAAAGAAGGCUGUCAGACGAUUAGUUAGGUUAACACAUCGAUAAAGAUGCCUAAUAAGAUGGAGGAAUUUAAAAAUAUUGUUGAUUAUUUAUUAGAAACACCACCCGAAGACGACCAAUUAAAGUACGAAGAUGUACAGAAUGCGUUAACUAGUUUAAGUGAAAUAUUAAAAACUUUCAACUCCUUACAUACGUCGACUGCGUUUAACGAAUGUUUUCAGAGGGCAUUGAAAUUAAUAAAUGAAAAAAUUAGUGUAUCCUCUGCGGCUGAAAAAUGUUCUUUGAUAAUUUUAAAUUUUUUAUUUAUAAAUAAUCACCAUCAUAAUCAGAUAUUGUAUUGUCCAAUCACUAUGAUGGAAAUUUUGUUGAAAUUACCUAUUCGAGAUUUUCGAAUAAUGCUUCAAGCACAUUUCAAACAAAUUCAUCCAACGAUUUUAACCAGCUUAUCUUCAAUGGAGCAACGUAAGGAGAGUAUAGACUUGGCAUUAAAAAUUCUUUUAAAACUUGCAAAAUCUCACGGAAAUUAUGGAAGUCAAAAUUCAUUCGAUCCAAAAUUAAUACGACAAUAUUUAACGGACAGUGAUUUAAUUACAAAAUUAGUUCCAUUGCUAUUUGUUGAUAACAAAGAACAGCGUAAGCUGGUUAUCGACAUAAUUAUGGCGGUGACAUCAUCAACCUUUAGUUUUACAACCGUUACAACGGGCCACAUUCAAUCCUUAAAAUCUGGUUUAUUACACGAUGAAUUAAAUUACGUGAAGAAAAUUGAAGGACUUUUACGGUUGAAUGAUGAAGAUUGGCAUCAAAUAUGGUGCUGUGUGAUUCGUUUACUUGGUUUAGAGUUGCAUAAAGGUGGACCCUUGUAUGUGAACGCUUUGUUAGAAGUGUUAGAAGAAGCGUUUAAAUCAAGUUUAAAUGCGACACGAAUUUCAGCGUUUAAAUGUUGGCAGGAAUUAAUUUUAAAUUUUGCAAUCGAUAUCGAAGAACUCUGCACUAAAAAACGUAUCAAACUUUUACUAAUCCCAUUAAAAGCGAGCAAUUGUAGAGCUGAGCUUGUAGCAUUAGAAAAAUUUAAAACAUGGUAUUUACUGCUUUGUAAAAUGAGUCCACGUUUAUUUGAUUUCAUUGAGGAAGCGUUGGUUCCAUUUUUAAAUUUUUGCUUCAGCAUUGUACCAUCGCAUAAUUCAACAAAUCAUCUGUCCCAUAAAAAAGAAGAACAUCUUUAUUUAGGUGGUCGAUUUCCUGCACUAUUACCUUACUUAAUCGAUUUACUGUUACAAUUAAUCGGCCAUCGCACAAAGGAUUGUAAGUGCAAUCCUCGAGUGCUCCAAGGAAGUUUUAUUGAUUUAAAUAUAGAUAAUUUAACGAAAAUCUCGAAAAUUCUUAUAAAAUCCGUAAAUCACGCUACUUUACUUGUAAAAUCACCGGAUCUACAAAAAACUGUCGAUUGUUUAUGGUAUUCUCUAUUACAAAUCAUUCGAAAGGACGAAACCAGUGGAAUUCGAGAAGAAUUUAUCAACAAUGUUAUCGAAGUUAUUGAUAAACUUCUUGCGAAAAAUUGUAUCGAUAUUGCAGCGAUUAUCUUCGAACAAACAAUUAUCGAAAAGGCAUGGUUAUUUACUUCCCUUGAUCAUGAAAUUCAAUACACGCAAAAUAUGGCCGAUAAACGAAAAUUAAUAUUUUCAAUAAAAAAAAAGGUUGUUUUGUAUAAUUUUAUUAAUGUUCUACUCGAAGCUGGAAGUGGGGAUUCAUCGCUGGAAAUGAUUAAUAAUAUUUUAUUUAACGUUAACUUUUUAUUAACUUUAAACGAAAUCGAGGUUUAUAAUUAUUUUCUACUAUUAGGUGAAGUUAUUAUUCGACUUCCGCGUAUUAUUAAACCAUUUCUCUGUACGCCAAUCGAAUAUUUACGACGUGAAAAUCAUAUUAGCCCCAUGUUAAAUAAGUGGAUUGAGUUAUAUAGAAUUUUUUUCUGUGAUAACAUUGAUUAUCCUGCGGAAAUUUCAGUGGAAUUUUGUGUGUAUCUCGAAACGAUAACUAUCACGAAGAGUAUCGAUGUGUUAAUCGGUAAUAUUUUAAAUAUUUGCAUACCAAAGUUAAAUAUCCAGUCCGUACCAAAUAUUUGUAUCGAGAAAAUUCUAAAAAUUUUAAUACGGCUUAUAGAAAAUGAACGAUGUUUAGUGUUAAAUAGCUUUAAUAAGCUUUUAAAAGUUUUUUAUAUGAAUUAUGGUACGAUUAGUAUUAUUUUCAAAGCGUUACCCAAUUUUUUAAAAUAUCAACAGAAUUAUAACGAUUUUUUUAGCGUAUUGUCCACAAUUGGGGAUAUUAUUGCUAAAGUGUCCACGGAUGCAUUUUUAUUAACCUUGAUACUUACGUCGUUGAAGAAUUUUGAGAUUAUUUCAGCGGCUGACGAGAAAAAAGAAACUGAAGAAACCAAAGAAAUUAAAAUUCAAGUUGCGAAUUUAAUUAAAAAAUGUAAACUUAAAUUAAAGUCGGAUAAUAUAAAAUUACAGAGUAAUCGAAGUGCGAAAAUGGUUGCCAUGUCAACCACAGAAACAAUCCCUGUUGUUUUACCUGUAAAGGAAACAAAAUUUAUGGAAAAAAAUGUUCCAAAAAUAAUGGAACCUCCAAAAACAAUAGAACCUCCUUCAAAUAUUAUGGAAACUCCAAGAUUAUCACAAAUUUCUGUUGUUCCACAAGAAAAACUUAUGCCAAAACCCGUAGUCGAAUCUUCUGUGAUAAAUACUGAAAUACCGAAUUCAACAUUAGAAGUGGUAUCAAAAAUUACAGAAAAUAAAAAAGUAGUGGUAUCGCCAGGACAAAUUUGUAAUAAAGGUGGUACAAGUAUGCUUCUAUCCAAUUCAAUGUCACCUCCUUCCGCCGAUGUUUUUAAUAUGGAAAAAUUAACUCCAAUUUUACGUAAAUUACCACGAAUUUUACCAAAACCUACAGUCGAUAAUACGAAAAAUACGCCGAACGUUGAUUUUGUUGUGAUUAAAUCAGAUUGGAAAUUUAAUCCACAAAAUAUGUCGGAAAAACAAAAAGAAAAAAUGAAAGAACGUGGAAAAGAUAUUCCAGCGUUGUAUCAAGAUUUGAGUCAAUCAAAUUCACAAGAUCUAUUUAAAACGUUGGAAUCGAAUGAACAUUUAAAAGAAAAUUUAACGCAAAAUUUAACUUUCAAGAAUGCGAUUCCAACGGAAAAUAUUGUACCAAAAAUACAGCCUCCUGUUCCUCCAGUAUCAGUUAUGGAACCAGAUAAAAAGCGCGCUCGUCGCCGUACAAUAACCCGUGUUCAAAAAUCCAAUGAUUCGUCAAUACCUUCGACUUCAAAUGCGACUGAAAUCAAUCAAAAUAUUGCACCAAUCUUAGAAAAUCUUUUCCCAAAAACUGGAGACGAAACUAAACUAAAAAUUAAAGCUGAGCGCGAAUUAAAAAAGUUACAAAUUGACUGUAAAAGAAGUUUAACUGUAAUGGGUACAGCUGAAAAAAAAACUUUACGGUCACGAGAACUUAGCGCGAUCCCACCAGUCACAAAUUCAAAUCCCGGAAAUGAGCAAGUAAAAAAACGGAGUAAACGAAUUGCGUCUAAAACAAGUUCACCACAAGUGAAUGAAUCAGCUCAUGAAGUAUCCUACGAAGAAUCUGAAGAAGUUAUUGAAAGCUCACAAGAAUCUUCUACAGCAAAAGUAUCCAAAAUAAAUUGUUCGAAACCAAUUAUGGAAGAAAAAACAGAAACUUCCCCAAAUAUUACAAAAUCUCCAAUUGUUCUUGUCGAAAAAACCACCGUGCAACAAAGCCCUGAAACUGAUCAUACAGAAAAUGAACCAAUUAAAACACCUGAUGAAAAUGUACCUGAAGAAAAUGAGCAAAUAGUUUCAAUUCCAACAACCAAUAAUGAAGAUUCGCCAAAGACUGAUGAACAAACCAACGAGAAUUUAGGAAAUUCCAUGGUGAACAAACUACACAGUAUUAUAGAAAAUAAUUUUAGUGAAGUUCAAACUGUUACAAAUUCCACGGUCUCAGAAUCUAUUCCAACCACGGCCGAGGUGAUUGAAUCAAAAAUGGAAGAAUCAAAUAUUUAUGAUAAAGAAACGGAAUCCAUAACAGAUGAUUUUGUGGAAAAUUCAUCCACGAACGCAUCGUUUGUUGAAUAUAAAAAUGCCGAUAAUUCAGUACUCGCGACAAGUAUGAUGUCUUCGCCAAACCCGCACGUAGACGAAGAUAAUCAAAAAUCGAAUGACUUGGAAAAAACUCAAGAGUUUUUAAAUAGCACGUUAAAUAUUUCACCGAUUAAAGUGAAUAACGAAACAACAAAUGAAAUUCCAUUGUUAGAGGAAAUUCCGACAAAAGAAACUAAGUCACCAGAGCAGAUGUUUAGUGACGAAGAUGAGAGAAACCAAGUACCCGCUAUAGGAUCGGAAUCCUUGAUAGAUUUUAAUCAUGUCCAACAAAGUCCAUCUUCACGACGUAAAUUACAUCGCGCACGAGGUCGUUCUGCUCAACUUUUAGAUUUACUGCCAGAUUCCGGUGAUACGGAAAAUAUGGAAAUGGGACACGAAGCAAUAAAAUCGCAUUUUAAAAGUAAUAAUUUGUUGACGUUCGAGAAAGAACUACCUUCUCCAUUGGCUAAACCAUCGUCAAGCAUUAUGAAAGGAGGCAACAAACGAAAGCAAACUUUUGAUUUAGAUGCAGCACCUGGGGAAUCGGAUUCACCAAAAAGCAAGCGUAAACGAGUCAGUUUUCAUGAUCCACCUGUUUCAUGCGAAAAACAAUACGUUCCAGAUAUUCAGCGGAAUUCGAAAUUACGUUUAUCCGCUAAAGUGUUCAAAAAAUCACAAAAAUCUUUAUUAGAUCUAUUCAAAAGUCCACUUUAUCCACAACAGGUCCCAGAAAUAAUCGAUAUUAGUCAGCAACAUCCAAAUGGUCCAGGCGGAGACGUAACAAUAUCAAUUGCUGAUCAAAAAAUGAACGAAGAAAUUCGAAAAUCACUAGAAAAUGAAAGGAUUGAUAAAGAUUUUGGUGAAUUAUCAAAAGAUGAUUGUUUAAUUGAACCUCCAACAGAGUCUCAAGGAUCUCUAGAUAAUGCCCCCUUGGUUGAGACAUUAAACAAUGUGGAUCCAUUUUUCCCCGAAUUGGUCAACUGUACAGAAUCAAUUGAUUCAAUAUUUAUGGACUUAACAUCACCUUUAUGGGCAACUUCGUUAAAAACCGUCUUCGAUGAACGUAGAAUUUAUACUAUUGGUCAAUUUGCCGCAUUAUCGGAAUUAGAAUUAAAUCGAUUACCGUUACGUGAACAUAAAAUUAACAAUUCACGAAUGGCGUUAAGUAAGUAUUUAAAUACUCGAAAAGAUGCUCAGAAAAUGAAUGUAAAUCAAAUAGUGGAACGUAGCAGCGGAACGACAGCGGAAGUUUUGGUCAGACGUGGUGUGAAACGGAAACGACGAUUUAGUUUGUCGUUAUUGGAAAAAGAUCGUCAGCAAGAAACGAUGACCUUGGAGACAAAGAAAGAACAACUUGAAAGGAUAUUUGAUAAUUGUUCAGAUCCAAAUGAAUUGUCUACUCUUCUAAGCAUGGUAAUAUCAAAAGUUCAGCAAAAUGAUUUUUCUACACUUUUAAACAUGGUAAUAUCAAAAGCCGGUGUUGAAAACGUACUAAAAUGUACUGGCCAAUAUGCUAGCUUGAACAAAUCACUUGAAGUCAUGUUAAAAUAUGGAGUUUCGACUGUUGGCGGCGACAGUACUUAUGAAAAAUGUGUUUCUACGCUCAAAAAUAUUACUGGCGUUGAUUAUACAGAGGAUACAGAUGACGUACAAGACGCAUCUAUAACGUCUAUGACGAAUACAAAUACGAGUACUAUUUCCGAAAGUGAGGAGAGUAUUUUAAAUACAACGAAAAAGUGCGUGGAAAUGAUUAAUACAACAGCAGAAACUGUUUGUGAACGAAUAACAUCGUUAAUACAAACGGCUUCAACAGUUACAACACCGACAGACUCCAAAAAAUAAAAUAAAUAGAAGUUGAAAAUACCAAAAGAUUUUUAAUUUUGUUCAUUAAUGAAGAUUGAUUUUUUCCCCCAAAAGUAUAUAAUAAACCAUUUGGUUUAACAAUUAUUGCGCAAGCUCAUUUUUCAUGUGUAGACAAUUUUUUCCCAGUGUGAAUCAAAGAGAAUACAAUUAGUCCCAUCAACAGAAAAUUAUUUACUUUAUUUCGGAAAUUAGUAGAAUUUUAUUCGGAAUAUAUAAUCAAUUUUUAUAAGUUUAUAAAAUUAUAAAUUCCAGUAAAUGGUAAAUUGAGAAACAUAAAGCUUCAUUUUUAAACAGAAAGUGAUCUGUCCAAUUUGUAAAUAUCCUUCACGAGCAACCCAACUCAUCCUGUGGUUGGUUUACUGUAGUCCUUGUCACGGCCACGAGGCUAUUUUUAUAUAUUCUGUUUGUGAAUGAUUUGUAAGAUUCGUAAGAGCCGACAGUAUUUGCUAUUAAAUAUUUUCUGUGGAAUUUUUGAUGAAAUUGAACGUUGUAAAAAAAAAAGACGUUGUUGCGAUAACGAAUCUAGGAGUAUUCGAUUGUUAAUACGAACUAGCUUGUAACUAAACGCAUAAAUUGAAAUUAAAAAUUUUAAGUCGUAAGAGAUGGCACAUUAUUAAAGGCAUGUUUUUAUAAAUGAUUAGAGCGAUAAUUUUAGAUUUUUGAGCUGAAUUUUGGCAAAUUUAACUUUUUUGGCAAUUUUUUUUUUAAAUGGAUUUUUGUCUAUAACCUGAUUAUCAUAGUAAAAAAAAGUGGCCAAUCUCGGAAUCUAACGUAAUAAGCUGAAUUUUUGUAAAAACGUUUAUAUUAUUUUGAUAGUACAAAUGUUGUCUCAAAAGUCACACAUGGUCACGUGUGCGCGUCCUUAUAUAUUAAAGGUCAAAGCUCGCGCAAAUCAGUUUUUUCAUUGUUUCCUUUUAUUACAUCGUGUUAACAUUUAUUAUAAAAGUUGAAGAUAAAAUUCUCUACAAAUUUUGUCUGAAACAAUUUUAUAACGCUGGACUGUUUUAUAUAUAAUAGGGGGCCCAGAAGAUAGAAGACUGCGUUUGAAAUUUAUUUUAUUUUUUCCAAGAUAAAACAGAUAAUCGAUAUAUGAGGAACUACCGAUCAUUCAGCAAAUGUUGUAGUAAAUCGAUCUUUCAGCAAAUUUUGUCGCCUCUCCUCGACUGGAUUGUUAACGACUGGUAAUCAAUUUUUUACUGCAGAUCCCUCCUAAUUCUCUUUGAUUCAAUGCAGCAUAAUUUAAUUAA